AUGGAUUUAUCCCUCCCUCUCGACGUGUUACGACGUACAUACUUACAACACAUACAUACACACAUACAUACACACAUACAUACAUAACAUGCAUGACCUGCUUCUGCUGUACAAUUCCCCCCCCUCCUGGACAUGCCAACAACACGCGCAGACGCGCUAUGAUCUUACGACUUUAUUGAUGGGGCAUACACCGACAGAUUAUGUGACAUGGGAUGAACAGAGAAAACUUGGAACAACGUAUUGGGUUCCCUUCUUUUCCAGUGCUUUUCCCCAUAGGAUAAUUAUAGAUAGCUUAUUAAAUAAGCUUUUAAUGGAUAAUAACGUCGAUAGAGAUAUAUAUUCUUUUCCCAUUCACCUGAUACGCGUAUCGUCGAUCUUGGGAGCUACGCUACCUUUCACUAAAGCGCUUAUUAUGCGCUUAACCGAUGUUGAACGAGUUGCCCUCGACCGUAGUCACAAGGAGUGAAACUUCAGAAAGUAGUGGUAUAAAUAUAUCUUUCCCAAAAGGGUUGGUUCCACUUCGAUUAAAUAUUUAACUAUAGGGGCCCUUUAGAUUCUAAAGGUAUUUUACGACAAAGAGUGCUCGUAUACAUCUUACUUAAUUUAUUAGAUGAUACUCGGAUUGUGUGGGGGGUUAGUACGGUGUUGAUGCAAGUUCUAACACAUUCGUCCAAAGAGAAAGUCCUUGACGAUUGGGGAGCUUGAGAACUCGGGGUUUAGGAGAACA